GACAAAAUAAGUCAAAAUCAAUUAUUAUUAAUAAGAAAAAGUCGCUUAAAAAUGCUUUUCAAAAAGACAUUUAUUUGCCUUUCAAUCUUACUUUUAUUGGCUAGCGCUGAAACAUUGCCUGGUCUUGACUACAUUAAGAGUGGUUACGAUGGUACUAAGCUCCUCAAUGACUAACUUGGUUAAAGUAAGUAUCCUAUUUUUGAUCUUGGUCCUCAAAAUGGAGAAAGUGAUUUCACUGUUAAUGGAAAGACCUACAAAGUUCCUAUCAUGGUCUAAGCCACUCAAGUCUCUUUGAGAAAGGAAUCUCAAUGCGAAGGUAUUUUUUACUCAUUCUCUGACUUCUAGAAGAAAUAUUCUGAAUCCAUUUCUUUCUCUGCUGGUUUGGGUAUUGAAAAUUUCUCCAUCUCUCUUGGAAUUAACCACGAAUUAGACUAGUUCCACUAAGAAAUCACUCAAAACAAUAAAGCCGUUUCUGUUUCUUAAUCUUACUGGGCUUAAUACAGUUUGACUACUGCUCCUGCUUUCUUGAUGCCUUUAAAUCCCAUGUUUAAGCAAUCAUUAGAUGCUCUUAAUAGAAUGGCCAAAGAACCUACUACUGAUACUUAAUAAACUAUUUACAACUAAGUUAUUAACUCUUUCGGUACUCACUACGUUACUAGCGCUAUUAUGGGUGGUGCUGCUAAAAUCUACACUACCUUAGAUUAAAAUUACUUGAAGACUGUUGACAUUGAAUAAACCAAAACUCAAAUUGGUAUUAAUUUCAGCUACAAUGUAUUCCAAUUCAAAUUCGGUUUUAAUUCUACCGAUCUUGCUUAAAAGUUAGAUGAAAACUUCAAGAAAAACUCUAAUGAUAUUAUCAUUUUCUCCCCUGAAGUUGAUCACAUAUCAGACCCCAAGGCUUGGUCUACCUGGGAAUCUACAGUUCCUGAAAAACCCUAACCAGUUAACACUACUGUUUCUUACAUUUCAGAUCUCGCUUACGAAUUCCCUGAAGUCUAAGCUCACUUAAGAAAGACUAUUGAAUUCUACUUGAGAAACGGAAGACUCCCUUCUAUUGCUGAAAUUUAAAGUUUCUAAGUCGCCCUUCAAGAACCCACUUAAUUCAUCCCUGGUGCUGAUAUUGUCGGUUGCGGUUAUGAUGCCACAAGUUUAUCUGACAAGAGAUGCAUUUUCGACUUAGAAGGUGAAAAUUACUAAUGGAGCAACCCUAACGAUCCUACUAUCGAAUUUAAUGUACCUGAAAUGUUAUUCGUCAUGAAUAAACCUGAAUCCAUUACUUUGAAUGGUACCACCAUUUUCUCAACUUUCAAUGACUUCGUUAAAGAAACUUUCUGGGAGACCAGAGAAGACAGCCAUGGCUUCUUAGGUUUUGGUGGCAAGCACAAGAGAACUCAAUAUCAUGAAUACUAUGAAAAAAUUUACUAAAAUUACCAAAAGUUAGCAUUAAAUCUUAGAUAAAUUACCUGGUAUACUUUGAAGGUACCUACCUUCCCCAAGCCUCCUCUUAAUAAAAUUUUCGAAUAAUCUAUUAAGAUGCUCCCUACUGAAUUCAAUGAGUAAAACUCUCAAUUCUUCAAUCAAUUCAUUGAAGCUUUCGGUACUCACGUUGUUAUCGAAGGAGAUUUUGGUGGAUUAGUCUAUGCUGAAGACUGGUUUGAAUCUUGUUUACUUAACAUGCAUGACGAAAUUUGGAUUAGAGAAGAAAUUUCUAAGAGAUACGAUCCUUUCGGUUGUUUCAGAAAAGACUCUACUAAAUAAACUGACGUUAAAUAAAUCUCUGUUGAAUUCAAGCAAAACUCUGAAUUCCACGCUUUAUUAUUAGGUGGUACUGACAGUAUUCCUCUUAGCGAUUGGGAUAAGUGGGUUCCUUCCGUUAAAUACAAUCCUAAGGCUUUGAACAGAAAAUUAGUUCCCCUUACCAAUUUCGUCCCUAACGGUCCUUAAAAGGAUGCUUUGAGUGCUGCUAUUUUAGCUAUCAGACAACAAGCUGCUUCUGAAUAAGAAAGCUACAUUUCUUACUUACAACAAAUUGCUCCCCCACCCAAGCCUAUCUGCAGUUUACAACAAGCUAAAAUCCCUUCCUUCUUAGAAAAGUGA